AUUUCCUUGCAGGAUCACUGUUCCAUAUUCUGGACCUCCAACUAACAUGAAAUGUCUACAUAUUGCAACCCAAUAUUCGUUGCUUUUGUCUUGCCUUUGCUUGCUUAAGUUUUGUUCGGAACUUACUUGUGACAUUCGUUUCUGCGCUGCUAUCUUUCGGUCUAUGUUUAGCUUUAUUGAAAAUACCUCACUACGAAUACCUGGGAGUUUUCUUUUUCAUUGUUCAGCCAAGCUGAAGGGACCUAUGUAACUAUUUGUCGGGUAUUUCUAAGCUGUUGACUUUAACAGACCUCCAUAUCUUCUCACGCUCCUUUCCUCUUUUUCUCUCCUUGUUUUCAUUUUACACAUCGACAUAAAACCACAAUUAUAUUUCCUUGAUACACACACUAUAUUAUAGCCAGCCUCCACAAAGUCAUAAAAAUGACUCGCUCAACAUUUAUAUUCGGACUUGGAUCAAUUAUCCUUGGUCAAUUAACAACUUCUUUAGCGCAAGUUGUAACUGACGUAGUAUCAAUUACAGAUACAGCAACCAUUACCUCUUGCGCUGAUACAGUGACAAAUUGUCCAGCAAGAAAAACCAGUGCCAGUGUUGCAUCUGAUGUAACGUCUCAGGAAUCCAUUCCAAGUAUAGCUUCAGACGUCGCAUCCACAACACCUAAACCAUCAAGUUGGGUAGCAUCUUCAACUCCAGCAGUAGUAGAACCCUUAACCGUAACCGUCACCCAAACUGUACCCGGAGACUGCCGUGCAUCUCCCAGCUCCGAAGCAUCUCCCUCUACAUCAACAAAUGCCAUAUGGUGGCCCCCAGCAUCAGGUAUUUCUAUCCACACCCUUUUCUAAAGAAUCCACUAAACCUCUAUAGUUAUCUCAUCCACACCUUUAAGCAUAGUAUCAUCCACACAAGCAUACAUAGCAGCAUCAUCGAGCUGGGCCAAUACAGCAGCAUCAUCUAGCUGGAGCAACACAGCAGUAUUGGAAACCGGUCUAAAAUCCUCCACAAAAUACACAUGGGGAACAGGCAUCACAUCCGCAAGUAUCCCAACAUAUGCUUCAGACAUUGCCGCAUCAGCUACCCCAACAUAUGCUUCAAAUAUUGCCGCAUCAGCUACCCUUACAACUUAUUCGUACCACACCACCGAGACUAAAACCAGUGGUUCCACGACCUGGACCACUACCACGGGAUGGACUACCAUCUCUACAUGCGACGCCAGCACCGGUACUGGCACUGGCUACGGCUCAGGAUCAAUCUAUGCAACCGGCAGCAACAAUAACUACGGCACAGGCAUCCUAACAGGCCCCUACCAAAACUCCACCCAAACACAAACAGAAACAGGAACCGCAGCAAUGGACUCCUCCCCAACCACCACAGAUGAAAACCCAAUAACCAUAUCCAUAUCCAGUAGCAGCGCCCUAACCUCUCCAUCUCCACCCCCAUCUUCAUCAUCGGAAUCUCCCUCUCAAUCCACACUCAUCAUAGCACCACCCUCUACCCUCUCCAGUACCAACGGAAUGGGCAUCGCAGCUACGGGUAUUAAUUCCACGACGGGGGCGCAGCAAACUACGCUCUCGGCUGAUUCGGGGAGAUUGCGUGUUUCGUUUUUGUUUUUGUUUUGGAUGGGUAAUUUGAGUUUGAUGUGGGGUGGAUUGGGGUUGGUGGGUUUGUUAUGGGGGGGGAGUUUGAUGUGAUGUUUUGGUUUUUAAUUUGAGAAGAGAGAGGAGAGGAGUUUGGGGGUGGGUUUGAAUGCUUUUGAGGGGAAAGAAGGGAGGAGGAAAAAUAACUUAUGUAGGAAUGAAUAUGUGGAAUUAAGAUAAUGGGAUUAAUGGGAUUGACUAGAUAGAUAUAUAUCUAUCUUCCUUCCAUUCAUGAUUUAGCUGA